UGAUCAUGUGGCCGGAGCCGAGGAUUCUGUGUUCUGGGAAAGUGAAAGUUUUCUUGAGUUCGCUGGGAGGGUGAAGACUGGUCGGCGGAUCAGAGGUAAAAGAGACGGACAAACGGACACCCGGGGGGGCAAACAAGCAGACGGGCAAACGGACGCUUGAGACUCGUGGAGAUGAGGGGCUUGUGGGGGGCCGUUGCUGCCGUUGCUGCCGUCCUGGCGAUGGCCGUCGAGGCUCAGAUCCCCGAGAAGGAGUUGACGUCCAUGCAGAGAAGGGCCGUCCACUCGGUGAUGCGCGAGUUCCACGCUCGCGAUUACAUCAAUAACGGCUUCCACGCCACGUCCUUCCAAAGAGCCAAUCAAAUGGAAUUCCCGGCGGGGAUCUUCGUCCGCGUGGAGUUCACCAUGAAGCAGACCGACUGCCGGAAGCACCAAUGGAUGGAGCCCAAGUGCAAGACCCCCAAAAACCCGAGGGUCUAUAACUGCUUCACCUGCUUUAAGUUCGAGUUCAACUCCCACCAGGUGAUCUCCGAGCUGAAGGACUGCAUUCCGCAGCGCAGCGUCACUCCCGAACGUACGAGGAAGAGGGAGACGUCGUGUAAGGAGGUGCAGGACAGGAAUGAAACUGGAGAGCUGAGACUGCCCGGAGCCUUCAGCUUCCUGAAAUCCCAGUGAUGCGCUGCGGGUGACGGAGGAGGUACGGGGGUCGCGCAUGGAGAUCAUCGAGCGCCAAAGACACUGACAGAAGCUGACACUAUACCGCCUGCUAUACAUUAUCCCGUACGUAGUGUGUGCGGGGCACAGAGAACCAGGUGCAGGUGACACCGCAGCCCUAUAGAAAUAUACACAUGAUGGCAUGCAGAGGGUUAAUAAGCUGUUACCUAUAUUUCUAUCUGUA